GGCCGGACCCGGAAGCGGCGCGGCUGAGUCACGGCGGCGGCGGCGAUGAGGCAGCCGCAGCCGCGGGCGGUGUCGUUGUCAUUGUCGCCGUCGCUGUUCCCUCUCGGCGCCUGAGGAGCCGCCCGCGCCCGCCCGCCCUGAUCUCCGUGCUCCGCCCGCCGCGCUCGGCGCCGCCGCCAAGAUGAUGGAGGAGAUAGACCGGUUCCAGGUGCCCGCCGUGCGCGCCGAGAUGCAGCCGCUGGAUCCAACAGCUGCAGCUAUUUCGGACAGAGAUUGUGAUACGAGAGAGGGAGAGACUGUAGCCAUGAACUAUAAGCCAUCUCCACUUCAAGUGAAAUUAGAGAAGCAGAGGGAGCUGGCUCGGAAGGGAUCUCUGAAGAAUGGCAACAUGGGAAGCCCAGUUAAUCAGCAGCCCAAGAAGAACAACGUGAUGGCACGAACAAGGCUCGUCGUUCCCAACAAGGGCUACUCGUCGCUGGACCAGAGUCCAGAUGAAAAACCCCUGGUAGCCCUGGAUACAGACAGUGAUGAUGACUUCGAUAUGUCCAGAUACUCCUCCUCGGGAUACUCAUCAGCUGAGCAGAUCAACCAAGACUUGAACAUCCAGCUGCUAAAGGAUGGGUACCGGUUAGAUGAGAUCCCGGAUGAUGAGGACCUCGACCUAAUCCCCCCUAAAUCGGUCAACCCUACCUGCAUGUGUUGCCAAGCCACCUCCUCCACCGCCUGUCACAUCCAGUAGUGAGGCCGGCAGGCUGUGAUCAGUGCUUUCCACUAUAACUGUAAAACUUAACAGCCAUUGCUUCCUCCUAUGGUAGGACGUGCACCUCUUUGUGUUCAUGGAGCCAGGAGAAACCAAAAAAUUCAUUUUAUGAUUGGUUGAUAACUUAUUUUAAACUAUGGUAAAACAAAAGAGAAGUUGCUCAAUGUGCCAGGCAGUGCCUGGCAGAGCUGACUGGUCUGGAGAGCGAAUGCAGAGGGGUCCAGAGAUACCUCCUUGGUUUGUUUAGGCACUGGGGAUAUUUUGUAAAGUGUCUUUUUCCAGAAUGGGAAAGGUCAGGUGGGACUUGAGGUAAUCCUGCCCACUGAAACCAAUCCAUCUGCUAGAUUAGGGCAAGUUGGAGGUAUCAAAGUGUUUUACCAAUGAGAGGAAGUCAGUUCUUAAUUCAUUCACUAAACCUGUUUCAUUUGCAUAACCAAAAUGAUAUUGUAACUGGGGCACAGGAAUGGGGACAGACCAGGGCAUCCUUUCUUAUGGCAAGGCUAGCCAGGACUAGCAUGACACAAUGCAUUCACUUGCAAAAGGGACAAGUAGCUGACAUCUCACUGUGAGUCAGUAUUAGCUAGAGCUGUUGUGUCACAUAGCCAAUGCAAUCUACCCUUAGAGCCACAUUAAAUUACCACCAAACACAUCAGAUUCGAUCUGCAAUCCACUCAUGCACUUCAAGGAUUUGCUCAUUGCCCAGGAAUACCAACCAUGCUUGUGACUUCAGUUCAGUCACGUAUUCAUUCUGACUUCAGCCUGUAUUUAAUCCCUGUGCGACCCAUCUCUUUCCAAAAAUCUUAAACUUUGUUCAACUGAGAAGAAAUUAAUCCUGCAUGAGUUAGGACUACAGAUGUACUGAACAACAGUGAUGGAAAAGCUAGUUGAAGACAGCACAUUUUAACAGUGCUUGACUCUUGAUAUUCUCUUGACAUUGUGUCUCUGGGUGCUUGUGGGAGAAACUCUUUAAUGCUGAAGUCAUCAGUGUGGUAGGGUCAGACUUGAGAGGAGUUUUCAGCAACAGCAGAGUUAUGAACAGUUUCAGCUGAAAGAUGCCCAUGAGAGGAAACUACUGUUCACCCCCUAUCUGCCCAGUUGUGAGCCAGACAUGGUCCCAGGUCAGGAGCAGGUGAUGCUGGAAACCUGUUAUGUUAGGUUGCUGGUCUGAGCUCUCAGUUCACCAGCAGAUUGUUUUGAAUGCAGAAUCACUUCUGGAAUUAGGAAACAUGUCCUCUCACUGACUGCAGCAUGCAAGGGAUGGGCUGGCAUUUUUCUUAGUGUUGAAAUCUUUUGCCACAGGCACAAAUCUUGUGUUUUCCUGGCCUUUCAGGAGGAAGGACCACCUGCCUUGGGUCAUCACCUGCUUUGUAGCCUGGGAAAGGAAAAAAAAUGAGGGCAGUUCUGAGCUUCCCAUCAGAAUUCCUGAGUCACAAAGCAGAGCCUGAGCUGCACCACAACAGACAGAUCCUCCAUCUAAAAUCUAUAUGAAGUGAGCUGAGUCUUUAAGAAGUCUUAAUUAGCAGGAGAUUUAUUUUAACAUCCUAGAUAUUUACUCUGUGCAGUGCAAAGCUUGAUAGCAGCCACAGUGUGAGUGAAAGAGCAGGCACACAAGAUUCCCAGGCUUAUUUACUUGAUGGUGUCGACAACUUUUAAAGCUGUGCUUGUCCUCUGCCUAAAACAGCAUGCUGCUACCCUGGUUCCGGGCCAUAGAAAGAGGACUUGAAUGAUGCUUUUUACUGAGCAUCCCUGCCUCUUCAUGCAGAAGUGAUGGUUAACUUGCCAACUCUUGUAGGGAUAAUGUUCCUCAAGUGAAUUCAUCUCAUUUUCUCACCACCUAGUACUGCUGAGGGGGAUAUUUCCAAAAUACAACUCAGGUAUGCGGUUGUCUGGAGGUGGAGAAAGUAGAGAGUAGAGAAAAAGAUAAAAGGGAAAAACAUUCCUUAAGGAGUCUUUUUUAAUGGGGAAUGUAGUCAAAACCUAAUAGAAAUACUAUGGUCAAACCAAAUCCUAUAGGACAUGACCAACGCUCUUUAAAUCUUCACUCUUCUGGAGAGGGACUUUGCAGUUCCGCACUGGUAUCAUGGAAUGUCUUCAUCACAUUUGUCCUCCUGGGUCAGUGUCUGUGCCUUCCAGCUGGGAUGCACACAGCCUUUCCCACAGCCCUUGCUCAGGAGCUCGGAGCAUUUCGGACUGCCUGCUAGAGCAACAAGCCAUCAUCUCUUCACCUGGGCCAGCCACUGAGGGCUGCACAUCCCACAGGUCUCCAUCAUGCUGCCAUCAUAGAACCAUGCCAUCAUCUAGGUUCAAAAACACCCUUAAGGUCACUGAGUCCAGCUAUAACCAAGCACUGUCCUGUUGAGUCUAGGACAGAAUGAGGCUUGCUGCUACUGUUAUCUCUCAGGGUUAACACCUCUCCUCUGAGGGACAGACUUCCACUUAGUGGACUUGGCAGUGCUGGAUUAACAGUAGGAUUCUGUUAUCUUCAAGGCCUUUUCCAAUCUGAGGGAUUCUAUGAGACCCUCUGUCCCAUGUCACCAUUACCAAGUCCUUUUAUUGCCCCUGUUGCUGGUUUUUGCCUGCCAUGAGCCCUGAGACAUUCCCCAACCCUGCAACUACCUUCAGCCCUUUGCAUUUUGUGGUGUGCAUCUGCUUCUAGCACAGCCCUUGAAGGAGGGAGGGAGAUUAAUUCAGAUGUUCCACUUGGUGCUUCCUCCAAAUACAAACCGAAGCACAACUCAUGCAUUUUUGCCUGUGCACAGAAGGAGUUGGUUGCAGAAAUAGUUGGUUUGGCAUGACAGUACAGGACCAUAAAAUGGCAAUUUUUUGGCUUCUCCUCUCUAUGCUUUGUGUUCAUAUAUUUUAUUAGGGGAGUAAUGUAGAAAGGGUGGGGAAAAGUAGUUUCCUGUAGGGUCAUUAUCAGAAAGGCUGAGUGGCUUAAGGCAAUGCACACGUGGCUGUCAUAGAAAACUGAACACUAACCCUUCUGAACUGCAGCCCCUUCAGCAGAUUAUGACCAUGCAGCAUGUUUGUUGGCUUCAUUAUGGAAUAUUGAGGACUGGCAAUUGAUAUAUAUCAACCACAGAUGAGGCUGGUUCCCCCUGUCUGGUCUCAUGUUCAGACCUUUGCUUUAGCUAGCAGGUUUUCCAUAUGCCCUCAGAGUCAAAGAAUGGAUAAGACUGGAAGGGGCCAAGUGGGGUCAUCUGAUCCAGCCUCUCUGCUCAAGCAAACCUUGUUGGAGGUUAUGCUGUGGUGAUUUCCUGGGAAGGUGUGGAGAUAGAUGGCUAUCCUGGUACUGCUCUCCUUAGACCAGUCUCUGCCACCAGGGCAAGAAAAAGGCAGAAGGCAAGAGCACAGACUCUGACUCUCUGUCACAGCAUUUCUACAAAAUCUACAGAGCUGCUGGGUGCUCUCCUAAAUGCAGAUGGCAUGCAAGAAAGAAAAUUGUUCCUUCAUCCAGUCUUUGCACCAAACAAGAUAGCCCUCUGAGGCCACAUCUUCAAUCCAAAGUUGUACAGAAAACCAAGGGGAGGAACACCAUGGAGCAUGAAAUGCUGUGUUGCUAUCUACCUAAAUUACCAUGCAAACAGGAUGUAAGGAUAUUGAUGCUGGUGCCUCCAAAAAUGAAUUUGCAUUUGAUGUUAAUCAAAUAACAGAUUGCAGACAUUAAUCUGAUAAACUAUCAGCUAGUAUCCUUGAAUGUGAGCUGAAUUUGAACUCUAGGGUCUCAGCAUUCUGUUCCAUCUCUCUUGUCUGCAAACUCCACAUUUCCAGAUGUCUUUGGGAGGAGGAACAUUCUCCUUGUCUUGAGAAAGGUCUAUAGAUAGCGAGUUCAUGUCUGCUUUUCUAGUGUUUUUACAUAAACCUUGGCUGAAAGGAGGCUGAUGCCCAUUCUGAAGGUUCAUUAGAUAUCUUACCAGACACAUCUUGAAGUGAACCCUUGGAAGAACCACUGGGUGAUAUCUGACAUUGCUGCAUGUCUGUCCCUAACAUGUGUGCUUGGCCGUUGGAUCUGCUGUGCUCUCCUGUCUGUCCUGCCUGCAGAUGCCUUGCAACUGCAAAAGCAGGUGACCAUUCCUGCUGCAUGGACUUUGAGAGGGACUUCAGCACAGCUUCCCCACAGACAAGAUGGACUCAGCUCCUCCUGGUUUGUUUCACCAGCUCUUAUCCCAAAAGGAGGCAC